UCCACUCGGUGUCUCCAAGACUCGGGCAGGAUCGAUGUAGCUUGCGAACUCUUCGAGGAGAUGAGCUCUUCCGGGAGCCAGUGCGUGGUGGCUUACACUGCCAUCAUCAACGCGCUCUUCAAAGCUCACAGACCCGAUCAAGCAAUUGCCUGCUUUGAGAGAAUGGUGGCGAGGAAGUGUGACCCGGAUCUAAGGACUUUCACGGUCGUCAUCACGGGGCUUUGCAAGGCUGGGAAGCUGAACAGAGCUUGUGAGGUGUUUCAGGAGAUGAAUCGCAAGGGGUGGAAGCCAGACAUUAUUGUUUACACGAGCUUGGUGGAUGGAUUGUCUAAAGCGAGCAUGAUGGACGAGGCACGGAAGCUCCUCCAGGAGAUCGUCUCUAGGGGGAUGAAGCCGACGGAGGUGACUUACACUUCUUUCAUCAGUGGUCUUUGCAAGAACGGCCGAGUGGAAGAAGCUGGAAAGCUUGUCCGUGAGAUGGGAAAGAUGUGUGCCGCAGAGGUGCUUCACUGUAUCUUCGGGGGCUAUGUUUUGGAAGGGAAGAUCGAGGAGGCCUUGGCUUUGAAGGACGAGAUGGUGAAGAAGGGAGUGACUCUGGAUGUAAGGUGCUACACAAAUCUCAUCCAUGGGCUGUUUUACGUGAGACGAAACGAUGAAGCACAAGAGAUGUUUGAAGCCAUGGUCCAGCAAGGAUAUGUCCCGGAUACUCGUACUUAUGGCAUGAUCGUCAGCCACUUCUGCAAGCAAGGCAAGAUGCAAGCAGCGUGCAAAGUCGUAGAGAUCAUGGACGCAGCGGGACUGGAAGCAAACUGCCACAUCUACAACUCGCUCAUGGAUGGAUUCCUGGGGGUGAACCGAGCGAGGGAGGCGAUCAACGUUUACGACACGAUGCUGCGCAAGAUGGUGAUGCCGAGCAUCGUGACUUAUAACAUCCUCAUGCUCGGGCUCUGCAAGCUGGGCCAGACUGCGGAUGCUCGGCUGGUGCUCAGGGAGAUGCGAGAGAGAGACGGGAUCGUUCCGACAAUCGUCUCGUAUCGGACUUUGAUCCACGGGCUUGGAAAGGCGGGACGUGCAGACGAGGCCAUCGAUGUCUUCACAGAGAUGGUUGACAACGGCGUGGUUCCCGACUGUCCGAGCUGCACGAGCCUCAUUCAAGCUUUGGCAAUGGCGGACAGGAUGGACGAGGCGACGCAGCUCCUUAGAGACAUGCCGAGGAUGGGAAUCACUCCCGAUGCUCUGGCUUACAAUGCUCUGGUCAAGGUGCUGUGUGGUGGUGCCAAAGUUGGGCCUGCCUGGGACGUUCUUGUGGAGAUGAUGGACAACAGCUGCGUCCCAGAUGGCUCGACGUUUAGAGCUAUGAAGCUGGGAUUCAAGGCUGAUACAGCUUGAUCCCUGAUCGAUUUCCAAAACUUGGUUGUAGCUAGACUAGGAUCAAUAACACUGUUAUUUAAAGCACUC